AAAGGCAGACGCUUGACUAACCGAGCCACCCAGGGGCCCUGAGCCUUCCUUUCUAUGUUGUGACUCUGUGCCGAGCACUGGGAGUGACACAAACUAGGUGUCUGUUAACGUUUAUUAAACUGUACAGAUUAGCAUUCCCAUUUUCUAGAUGAAGAAACUGAGACCCAAAGAGAGACAGUAACUUGUCCAGGGCUGCCGCGAACAUGCAGACGCCCGCCGUGCUCUCUCUGCUGCUUGUGUGCACGGGCCUCAUGGAAGCACUGCUGCAGGCCUCACUGCUCCGCCUCCGCCAGGCCCAGGGCCACCCCGUCACUCGACGAGACCUCUUCUCUCCAGAACUGCCCCUGGACAUGGCCCCAGCCUCCUUCGAUGACCAGUAUGCCGGCUGUGCAGCCGCCAUGACGGCCGCUCUCCCAGACCUCAACGAAACCGAGUUCCAGGCCAACAAGGUGUACGCUGAUGGCUGGGCGCUGGCGAGCAGCCGGUGGCAGGACCGCCAGGCCUGGGGACCAGAGUGGGGCCCCAGGCCUACCCGGCUGCCCCCGCCGCCCCCUGGCUUCCGCGAUGAGCACGGCGUGGCCCUCCUGGCCUACACCGCCAACAGCCCCCUGCACAAGCAGUUCAACGCCGCCGUGCGCGAGGCGGGCCGCUCCAGAGCCCACUACCUCCACCACUUCUCCUUCAAGACACUCCAUUUCCUGCUGACCGAGGCCCUACAGCUGCUGGGCAGGGGCCAGCUUUCUCCCCAGUGCCGCCAGGUGUUCCGAGGGGUGCACGGCCUGCGCUUCCGGCCGGCGGGGCCCGGGGCCACUAUCAGGCUGGGGGGGUUUGCCUCCGCGUCCCUGCAGAAUGUUGCAGCCCAGCAGUUUGGGGAGGACACCUUCUUUGGCAUCUGGACUUGCCUCGGGGCACCUAUCAAGGGCUACUCCUUUUUCCCUGGGGAGGAGGAGGUGCUGAUCCCCCCCUUCGAGACCUUCCAGGUGAUCAAUGCCAGCAGACCCGCCCAGGGCCCCGCCCGCAUCUACCUCCGGGCCCUGGGCAAGCGUAGCACGUACAACUGCGAGUACAUUAAAGACAAGCAGUGCAAGUCUAGGCCUUGCCGUCUGGGUAACUCAGCCAUCGGUCAAGGACCCCCUUCUGCAGUCUGGUCCCUCCUACUGCCGCUCUGGUUCCUUGUCGGGGGAACUUUUCCAUAGAGUCCAGGCCUGCCAUGAUCCAUCCAACAAUGAACAGCCCCACCUGCCCAACGUGCUGCCUCGACCUGACAUGGGGAUAUCGACCUCGCGUGUGUUUUAAGAGCAGCCAGGAUCCAUGGUGAUUCCCUCUGCAGGGAACUCUGGGACUUUCUCUGGCAGCUGCCAGGUUUGCUGAUGGAGAAUUAAGGGAAUCUGGGGACUGAGCCUUCCCCAAGGCUUUAAGAGUGAGUCACUGAAUGGGGGUGGGGGUCUCUACAGCGGGCAACCACUCAUUUGGAGAUUGAAGAUUAAACUAGUUUGGGGAAAGAUUGGGGAGGAAAGCACUUGGCCACGGUAUUUGCUGAUGUUGCUCAAAUGGCUCACAUGUGCACCUGGAAAGCUCCUUUUCACUCCUCCAGGAAGCCUUCUCGGAUCUCUCCCAGCUGGCUGGGUUAGGGGCCCUGCCUCUUUGCUCCCACAGGUCCCUGGCUGCUUCCCUACACCACGUGUCAAUGUUUGUCUUCCAUGUCAGACUGUGAGCUUCCUGAGGGCAGGGACUGGGUCUAAAGCACAGAUGUAGUGCCAGACAACAUGGGAAGUCAGUCUUUAUUAUGACUUGGGGCUUUGGGGCCAAAUCCUCAUGUGGCCUCCUGUUCUGGAAAUGAGAGAAUGAAUCCUGAAUCCCCUUCCCUGAGUCCCUAGGCAGGGACAGGCACGAUCAAGUCCCUAACACAACAGCCACCGAGGAAGGAAGAGAAGACAAGGAAACACGGUCGUUCUGUUUCUCCGGUAGCUUGCACUCUUGCCACCAAAAUCUCUAACACGCAGCAUCAAAAUUCAGUUCAGUCCUUCCAGACUGCGUUUCGACCUUGGCCCUUCUCAGAAUUCCUCUUCUGUAGGAAUUAGGGGAGUGGCAAGCUCUGGAUUUCCCUUAAAGUUUAAGGCAUAUAGACAAGUGAUCCCUGUGGUUUGUGAAGUCAGCAGUGCUGAUCCUGCAGAGAGGGUGUCCCCAGCUCUCAGGCACAGUGGGGAGAGACUGGGUGGCCUAUCCGAGAGCCAACCACCACCUGGCCUUUCCAUCCCAGUCUGGAGGGGCUGUGGCUGCACCAGACCCCUGGGACUCACAGGGCCUGCACCAGCACCAGGAGGCUCAUGACCAGGGCCAUGGAGAAGAAGAUGCCCAGGAAGAAGCGAUCCAUGACACGGGCCAGCCGCUUCCAGUCCUCAUGGCGGCGCUGGGCAGCCCGGUGGCUGUGAAAGGUGUUCGCGAUGGUAGCUACGUGGCGCAGUAGGGCUUCCUGACGGCACAGACACUGUGGCUCGCGGCAAGGAAUUGCUGGAGGGCGAGCACCUCCGUCAGGAGGCUGGGGACUGGGGGGUGAUUCAAGUGGCCUAGACUGCCCACAGGGCUCCCCUCGUUCCCGCACGCACAAGCCCCUUGCCAGGCGUCCCAGCAGGAGGGUCCGAGCCCAGGCUGGCACUGGUCGGGCACUGGGACCACAGUAGUGCAGGUUCAUGAUAAGGAUGGUGAGCGCCGUGGAGAAUGUGACCAUGGUCAUGGUGGCCAUGUAGUACUUCCCUGCAAGAGAGAGAGUGAGCUGGGGCCCAAAACAAGAACUCAGGGAGCCUGAGCUUGCCCACCGCCUCAACACAAACAGGCACCAGCUCACCCGCCGUGAGGCUCUCAGGACUCUCCAAACCCAAUGGAUGGAUCCAGGAAGGAGGUUAAGGGCCAAGAUCUCCUCAUCCCCUAUUCUUACAAGUGAGUUCUCAGAAGCUACCUGCUGCCUAAUUGUUCUCCUCACGGCUGGACGCUGCACUCCCCCACAGUCCGUGAAAAGUCACACUCUCAGAUGGUACACGCACAAUCUGGGGCAAGUUACUGAUCCUUUUGGCACAACUGGGAUAACAGAACCUACCUCAUAGGUUUGUGGUGGUGCCUCUCUGAGUUAAUAAAAAAAUGUCAAGUGCUUAGGA